UGUACUCCUGUAAAAAAAAAAAAAAAAGAAUCAUGCUGGAUUGUGAAAGUUUUUUCUUUUAUUAGUAUUGGGUAUUUUUGCAGUGGGACAACAUAACUUUCCAUAGAUAACAUCAGCUCAAGGUGGCCUUUUCGGUUUGCUUACACAAGAGUGUUUCUUGUUUUUUUUUUCCCUGCCUGUACUUUCAGCAGUCAUCAUGAAUGCAGUGAGAAGGCAACAUCCUGUUUCAGUUGAUGGUAUUUCCUAGAAAAUACCCUAUAUUUUGUUCUCAUGCUUUCUUUUUCAAGGAGUGUUUAAGCGAACAAAAAUUACUUCGUAAUUCCUCUGAAUUGUGCCUUUCAUGUGAAUUAGCCGUGGCAUUAAACACAAACAUUUCCGGCACAGCCAGAGGUUAUGCUGCCUGGUGUGGGUGAGACUCACUGUGGUGAUAACCACGCAUGAUCAGUCUUUCCCCUUACUAAACCUCGAGCAACAGAACAGACAAUCCAUUUUUCGUUCUUUGCUGAAAAAAAAAGAUUGAAUAUAGUAGCACAACUAGCACAUGACCUGCUUAAAUGACUGCAUGUCUAUUUGUGGAAAUGUCUCCACAAAAUUAAUCAGCUCUGAUUGUGUUAAAGUGUAACAGAAGUACUGACACAACUUUUUUUCUGCAUUGUGUGACUUACAGCUGAUUGAAGCAGAUUAUUCUAAGUAAUAAAAUAAAACACAUUAAUGUACAAAUCGUUCACAUUAAGAUCAAUGUAUUUUGAUAAUUUAGAAAAUAGACAGGUUAUUUUUUAUUUAAUGAUGACUUUGGUUUAAAAAAAAAAACACUUUUCCAUGACUGUACAAAGCUCAUCAAUAUUUUUCAAGGCAAACACCAUUCAAUUUAUGAUUAGUCGUUUGUUGCUAAACAACUCACUGUAUAAUUCUAGCUUUGCAUUAAGUAUCGCAAGUUGGAUCAGAGAAUUAUUGAAAAGUAAAGAUAUCUAUAUUUGAAUCUGCCAGUAAUGCCACUGAAUUACUUGUGCUGUGUUGUCACGCACAAAACACACAGACACACACACACACACACACCUCACACUUCCUUCCUCUCACAGUCACUUAAGUCAUUUUCAUUGACAGUCCUCUCUAUUUCUUUAUGCUACUUGUUGGUUCCGUAAUGGUAUACAGCUUGAGAAGAGUGUGCCCUUAAAGUGCCUUCAUUAGCAGAGGAGACUUUUGACAAAUCAAUUACAGGGAGAGUGGCUUCUGAACCGGUGGAGGACACUGACCCCAGCAGCUUCAUUACAGAUAUGUCUCUGAGGUCACAUUACCCCAUUCAGGACAGUGAUCCACGAGCUAUCAGAGCUCCUGUAACCCUACAGCUCAGCUCUGUUUCCCCUGGAUAUUUGUCAUCAGCGGUGGGCAGGAUACGACAACCUGUGGAAAAUGACGGUAGUGAAUUUAUUCCAUCAUCAUCUGUUUCAUCAGACUUCGGUAAAGAACAUAAGGCUUGUAAGGAGUGUUUAUGUUCUGCUCCUCCACCCAAAAUCAGUGACCUGAUGAAUGACGAAGACCUUCUGUACACUCUAAGACUGAAGCUCGAUCCGACUCACUGCACUGUCAAAAACUGGAAGAACUUUGCAAGCCGCUGGGGAAUGAGCUACGACGAACUCACACUUCUAGAGCAGCGCACACACGGUCCCACCUACCAAAGUCCCACUCAAGAGUUCCUCCUGCGCUACAACCAGAAACCUGUCACGGAGCUCACCGCACUCUGUCAGCUUUACCAGCGCAUCGAUGUGCUUCGAUUGCUCCAGAGAUGGAUGGAGAACGACUGGCCCUCGCGCUGGCAGCAGGCCCAUUAGCUGGUACUUAACAAUAACUGGACCUCAAAGGAGAAACGUGUUGCUAGAAACUGAAAUUCAUGACUGCAGGGAUGGACAGCAGGUCAGAACACACAUUACUGAAUGGGUGGUACAAGGUUAUACACUGGACGUAGUUUAUUUUUUGGUAACCGUUGGCUGGUUUCAUCACUCCAUAUGUAACCAUCUGGUUAGCUGUAUUAGCUAUGUAGUAAAAUCAACAAAUAUAUGCAGUAGCACCCCAGCACUUCAGUAGAAAAUUGAAAGACCGCUCAGGUGUGAUUACUCAUUUUCAGAUUCUGUCUGGAAAUUCUCUGUGAUUCCGGUCAUACAGAAUUUUAUUUAUUUUAAUACAAACAGUCAUCUGCUGGCGGUGUGCCAGUGUUGGUGGUCUUAUGAAGUGUCCUUUAAUUAGUAACAUGUACUAUAAUGAGUCAUUGUUCUCAAUAUCUAAAUGAGUUUAAAGACAACUUUUCACCUUUUUUCUUGCCUGCUUUCUAGUAAUAAGGUCAUUCUAGAAUGAAUCACACAAAAACUGCAUCUCCUUUCAGUGUAUAAAAACUGAAUCUCCUUCUAUGUUUUACAUGAAUUUGAGCAUAUAAAACAUUGUGAUAUAUAUCAAAUUCCCAUUGCACUGCUCACUGAGCACUUGAAUUUAGUAUCAUGUUUGGUAUGAAUGGCACUUAUUUUUUUAUUUUUAUCAUGAGACUUUUAGAAAGAUUUAGCAUGUCUCUUAGAAAGGAGUGGUAAAAUAGCAGUUUAACUGCAGAGAACAGUGGAUCUGGAUGUUGACUGGACUUUAUUGAAAACAUUAGUUUUAAAAAUGCAGUGUGGCUGUUUCAAAAUGUUUGCUCUAAUGUAAAUUACAAUGCAGGUAGUAGGAUAGAAUGUGACAAUAUUACCUCUUCUAAACAAGACUUUAAAAAGUGUUUGGUUUUUGUGCCAUGUACUCUACCUAGCUUUUUAUUUCCUGUGUCUAAAAAUGAAAGCCUGUUUAUGUGCAUCAGGGGUUCUCUGUUUAAAAAUAAAACUUUUAUAUGCACAGUA